AUGGAUAUCCCUGCAAGCAUUCUAGCCGAGUUCGACGCGAUACUUGCAACCCCUCCGACCACCCAAAUCGAAGAGCAAGAUCCGGCUCCAGGAAAAUGGGUUCGCUUGCUUCGCGAGACUCGGUGGGAAAAUAUCGUCCCCCCCUGGUUCUCUUUACUUGCGCUCAUCCCAAUUCGCGAGCCCGUCAUCCAGCGCAUCAUCAACAUUAAGGAGGCCCUCAGCCUCAGGGAUUACCUCGAGACCCGUCUUCGGCAGCGCGAGGCCUUCCUCGCACAGGCUGUUGGCGACAAAGUCACUCCGCAGUGUGAGCAGUGCGCACAGGGCAAGGGCCAAUUUGUUGGCUGUAUUGUCGUUCCCGGUAUGCUCCAUGGUGCCUGCGCCAAUUGCGUCUGGGAGAAGCCGAGAAGCCGGAAGGGACAGUGCAGUUUCCUUGUGAUCAAAGAAAACAAGGAGGAUGCUCAUCGUCUGGAGCAUGAAAGGAAGGUGCAAAAGGGAGACGAUCAGUCAAUUUUCUGCGAGUGGGGAUUGUCUAGCACUCAGUGA